UCAAGUGAAAAAUGGCUAAACGGGUACAUAUUCCUAAAUAAUAUUGGGCGAAAACUGUGUUAAAAAUUGGUGCAUGUAUGGAUUUUAUAUUUAUGUAUCGUUUUACUAUUAUCUUGUGAUUAAUAUUUGUAUUGGAGUCGUAACUUACGUAAACUUAUGAUAUUCACCAAAAUUCGUUCUUAAAAUUUUCGAGCGAAAUUACUUGAUGCGAAUAACAUCCUCUUAACCAAUUUUUAACAUCGAGACGCGCUGACCCGUUACUUUGUUGCGAUCAACGUUCAUUCUUUUACCAAUGUGUAGAAGCCCAAGUUCGAAUUACAUACCAAGGACAUGAACAUAAUAAAUUUUCGACAUUUAAGAAUUUUGACAAGUGGCACGGGCCUCGGAUUAUGCUUCAUAUGUGGCGAUGAAAACUUGACCGAGCUAUGGAACGCCAAGAUGGUUGGGGUGCUGGAGAUACGGUCGUCGCCGGGAACGCGACCGAGCGAUCCCAGGCGGAGCGCGACCGCGUGCGGAUCGAGUUCUACGCCACCUACGAUGUCAUGACGGGCGUGCGCAUAGCCGCGACUCUCGGCGGCUUCUUCGCGCUGAUGGUCUUUCUCAUCGUCUACAAAAGCAGAAGCAAGUCUGUUAAAGCGCUCAACGACCCUAAAUUAGUCGAGCUGGCCGAAGCCGUAGUAGCCGAGGAGGAGGCCGUAGAGGAGGAGAGACAAUUGAAUGCCGCCUUGGAGGAGGCGCUGUCGGAGCGCGCCCGAUCUCGGCCCUCCCUCGGGGAGGUGCCUCCGUGGCCGCGAACGACGAGGUUCAUGUCGUACGGAGGAGGCUACGGCAGUUUGCUGGCGCCGCCGCGCAGGCUUUCGUCGUUGAGGGGGGAUUCGCUUCCAGGAUCGGCGUUGAGAUUCAACGAGAGACGAUCGUCGGCCGGUCCGAGAGACAGGCGACUCAGUUCGGCCACGUGCUCCAGUUCGGGCAGCUCCUACUUGGAGCGGCGGGGAUCGUCGGUAGUUUGCGCGCUGCCGGAGCGACGCCUGUCACCGUGUCCGAGCGAACGGUUAGCACCUUUAGCUUCGGUGGGUAGUGUCGGGCCGUCGUAUGCCGUCGAGUGUGACGUAGUAUCCGUGGGGGCCGACUCCGUUUUUGCCGAGGACGACGCGGAAUCUACCGACGAUGAAGUCGAACAGUUUUCGACGGAUAGCGGAGGUCCCGACGCGAUCGCCGCCGAAUGUACUGAGUUGGCGAGUAGGUCCGCUCUGCCCUUGCGGAUCGAUCGGGCUUCACAUUCUCGAGAAACGUUAUUCUAGUCACCGAUAUGUCGUAUCGGGUGUUAUGCGAACACUUAAAUAUCGACAUUUCAUGAAUAUAAUAUUUAAGAUAAUAACGCACAGUUAAAUAUAGUUUUUUAAAUUGACGUUUUAAUUUUUUUAGUUAUAUCUUCAACAGUCACGUAGGAAGAAACUAAAGCAAUGGCCACAACGACAAGUGAAAUGUCGAUAUUGUAAUGUUCAUUAUUUAAUGUGUAAUGUAAAUAAGUUUUAAUUUUGUUAUAAAUUGAUGUAAAUGUUGAUGUUUUAGAUUAUUA